AUGCGUCGUGCUAACCUGGGCAAGACGUCCAGCGCGGUGACACCUGCACUGCCGUUACGUGCAUAUCGUCUGUCUUCUCAUCAAUCAUCAAGCAAUUUGAGAAUGCGUCAGAGAACCGACACACCGUCGGCAGAGAUCACAAGGCGCGAUUUAAUACUUAGAAAUGAAUACCUAGUCCACAUCAACCUAAUCCUAUGCCAACAGUAG